GGCGGGUCCCCGGGGACGCGGGGCAGCGCCCGAGAGACGGGUCAGGCCACCCGCUCGUCCCGGCGGCCUGUUCAGAGGGACCCGCGGCGGCCCUACCCGCCCGCGGUCCGGGGGACCCAGGCCGGCUGCGCCUGCCGGGCCCGGCGGGCUGGUCCCCACCCGCGGCUGGAGCCGGCUCCUGAGGCGCCAGGGCGGGGAGAGAAACGGCCCGAGGGCGGCCGCCUGGGGCCCGCUCGGAGCGGGCGGCGCCGUGAACAGCAGCUCGAGGGGCAGCUCACGGGCUCUUCUGUGACUGCGGGACGCGUAGAAACUCAGCAUGGGAUUGCUCACCAGCCUCGCUCGAGGCCUGGUCCGAGGUGCAGACAGAAUGGCGGAAUUUACCAGCAAACGUGGACCCAGAAGCCAUAACAAAGGCAGAGGAGCCAGGAAAUUGGGUUAUGUCACCUUAGGUGGGAAAUUUAUCAAAAUUAAGGAAAUGGUCCCUGAAUUUGUGGUUCCGGAUUUGACAGGGUUUAAGCUCAAACCAUAUGUUUCCUAUAAGACUCCUAAAGGGACAGAACCACCACUGACGGCCAAACAGCUUUUCAUGGAAGUUGUUGCCCCACAGAUUGAGAAGGAUAUUAAAGAAGGAACGUUUGACCCCAAUAACCUUGAGAAAUAUGGAUAUGAACCUACUCAAGACGGCAAGCUCUUCCAGUUGUUUCCCAAGAACUAUGUGCGUUAAGAAGCAAAGAAUAUUAUAGCUUUCCCUUAAAGGUAUCUGCAGCAACUAAUCCGUGGGAAAUUUACGAAAGUGUUGUUUUUAAAUCUGAUAAAAUGUUGAAUAGGGAGAUUUCAGCGAGAGAGGGAAAUGCAUCCUGCCCUUUUUCAGUAUCUAUUAAAGGAAAAUCCUACUGA